GCUCAAGAGCCUGGACAGCGCCCGCGGUGAGAAGCCAGGAAGGAGCCGAGAAGGAAGUGGUCAGCAGCGCCCGGGGUCCCAGAAAGCCCACGGUGAUGUUGGCCAGGCGGGUGCUUGGGACCUCACGCAGGGUGGCGUUCGGAUCGGCGGAGGCUGCGCUUGGCGGUUUGAAGUCAAUAUGGGGAAGCAGCCGACAUCAUUGCUCUGCUCUUUCUAAGGAUGUCACUUAUAGGGAACUAAAAACCCUAUUGAACUCCAAAAACAUUAUGUUAAUUGAUGUUAGAGAUGCAUGGGAAAUUAUUGAGCAUGGAAAAAUACCUGGAUCAAUCAACAUACCAUUGGACGAGGUAGGUGAAGCCCUACAGAUGAAUCCAAGGGACUUCAAAGAGAAGUACCAUGAAGUGAAGCCAUCCAAAUCUGACAGUCUUGUGUUUUCCUGUUUCGCUGGGAUAAGAAGUAAGAAGGCUAUGGACACAGCAGUAUCACUGGGCUUCAGCAGUGCUCAACAUUAUGCUGGAGGAUGGAAGGAAUGGGCAACCUAUGAAAUGUCAGAGAAAAAACAAGAAAAUUGAGUUUUGGAAUAAGAGACUCUGUCCUUGUGUCCAAUGAUAAUGGAUUAAGCAAAAGAAAACUCCAGUCUUAGCACCAAAGGCUAUACUUGGCAACUGUUUUCCUCAUCUGUGAAUGAAGACACUGCUCCCCUGAACAUUUUCAGAGUCUAUUGAGGACUGAGAUCAUAUGAAUUGCCAUUGAAAUAUACAAAUUCCACAGUUAACUUUUAAGUACUUUGGUAUUCCGAAAGAUCAGGUAGCUUGCAUUAUCUAAUUAUGUGCAAUCAUGUUAUAAGCGAAAACAGUGUAUUGACAAGCAGUCCUGAUCUUAAACAAUAACUAAGCAUCAGUUUUAGACCCAUACUUGUAGUUCUAAUACUCAGGCGACUGAGACAGGCAGACUGCUGUUCAGGUUUGAGGCCAGCCUGGACUACAGAGACCCUGUUUCAAAAGAAAAGGAUCUCAAAGUAAACUCUGGACAGGAAAACACUUAGAGCAUCUGAAGACUCAUGGCAAGGUGUGGCCAGAAUAAUUAACAAUGUAGUUAAUUUUAAAAAUUAAAGUUAAUGUGAGGAUAAAAAUUGCACGGGUUAUGACUAUGGAAGGCAAACUAACCUGGAAGAGGUCGGGAAAUUUUGUAGGCUAGUAGAGAUGUUCUGUGGCAUGAUGGAAAUGUCAGGCAUGUGUGUGUCAAAACUCAUCAAAGCAAACGAAAAGAUAUGUGUGUUUACAAGUAAUAUACCUCAAUUUAAAAAUGAAUAAAAACAAGUAAUUACCCAGUU